UGUUGCUCCUCUCCAACCACGCCGGCUGUUUAAUAAAAAUAAACAACUUGACUUCGACAGACGUUUUCCCUUUUAAUGGAACCAAACAACAAAAAAGCCAAGAUGGUCAACAAUAAAUUCAAGCAGAACAAAAAGAAGUACUACCAAAAGGCCAAGAAGCACGUGCUGCAGGUGGGACAGCGCGGUUUUCUUGUCACCUGCAACAUGAAUGAGAAAGCAUGUGUUCGCGAGUGCUACAAUUUGCUCAACGUCUAUGCGGAUCAAUUGUACGGAACUGUAGCGGAUGAGAUAUCGAAGGAGGGGGAUUUUGACUCUGAUAGUGAUGAUCUGGAUGCGGCAGUCGCCAAGUGCAAAGAGGAAUUCUCGGAGCGCAGAGUGCGCUUCCAAAACGUGGACACGGGCACCACAAACUGUUUGUUCAUAAAAACCAGACUGGCCGAUCCCGUUGGACUAGGCAAGCACAUAGUGGAGGACAUCACCAAGACGGGCAAAGCAAUGUCACGCUUCAUCAUGCGCCUGGUGCCCAUUGAAGCUGUUUGCCGCGCCAACAUGCCGGACAUUAUUAGUGCAGCGGGAUUGUUGUUCGACAAACACUUUCUGAAGGAGCCGACCACAUAUGGCAUAAUAUUCAAUCAUCGCUACAAUCAACAAAUCAAACGGGAUCACAUUAUAAAGGAGUUGGCGGAUCUGGUUAACUCCAAGAAUGUGGGCAACAAAGUGGAUCUACACCAUGCCAAGAAAUCCAUCAUUGUGGAAGUGCUGCGUGGAUGGUGCUUGCUUAGCGUCAUUGAGAACUACCUAGACAGGAAGAAGUACAAUUUGGCAGAGCUGACGUGCCCCACACAGCCGAAGACGAAUGGUAAUGGAGAUGGAAAGGCAGCUGGAGCUGUUGGUGAGAAGUCAAAGGAAGCAGCAGCUGAGGAAUCUGCCCAGGUGGCAGAUGAGACCAUUGAUCAGAAGUCUCCCAAGGAAGCAGCAACUACGGAGUCUGCUGAGGAGGCAGCUGAAGUUGAUAAACAGAAGAAGUCUGUUGACGACACUACAAACGAUGUUUCCGCUGAUAACAAAUAAAGAUCUACUACAAAUUUUGUU